AUGAAGCUCAACAUUCUCCCACUCCUCCUCGCCAUCCUCCCAGGCCCAAGCAACGCAUGCAAAUGCCGCAAGGGCGUCGCCUGGACGGUCCUCUGCUGCCAAGACACGGGAGGCCGCUACGCGGACGGCGACUGCGCGGCCGGCUCCAUCCGCGAAAGACUGAGCGCCUUCAGCGCCUGCUGCAUGAGCAUGAAGACCGUCUCCGACUGCGACUGCCCGCUUGGCUGCGCAUGA